AUGCUGUUACAAGAGGUGGUCAUGGACAGCGACUCGAACCAGCCGCAAGAAAUACACGAAAGGCACUCGGUCCCUCCCACAAAAUUUUCCAGAUCAGAUGUCGCUUUCCCUCUGGUAACGCCCCGGAAGCGGGCUCCCUCUGUUGCUUCGGUCAUCGACCUGGGCGUCGAGUCGUCACAGCCGGACGGACAGACGGUUGGUGUGGUGACCAUUCGGGGGGCGACGUCGCCAUCUGUAAACGGUGGAGAUUCGUGUCGAGAAAAGGACAAGGAAAUGUCUGGCGCCGGCAGUCCUAAACCUCACUCGUCGUCGCUGACUGACCUGCCGCUCGAAGUUCAAGGGAAAGUCCUCGACUUCAUUUUCGGGGAUAUGCACUCCGUCUAUGCUGGAUCAACAUCGCUGCGGGGCAAGAGCGUCUCGUCCCUGAUGCGACAUCCCCGGAGGAAAGCCGUUUCGGACCUUGCACUUGUGUCACCCACCUGGCGCGAAAUGGUUCAAGAGCGCAUCUAUCGUCACAUCAAGAUCAAGGGCACUCGAGCAGGCGUGAAAGACUCCGAGGUAUUCUUCAGCUCUCACCUGCAUCUGAGAAAGCUUGUUCGGCACAUUGAAUUCUGGGUGCCUGUCUGGGGAGACAAGGCGCCCUUCCACGACCUUGCCGUCAACCCUCUGCUACCCAGGCCGGCGGAACGCAACAAUGGCUCCUAUCAACUUGCGCAUCAAGCAAACGAGAGAGACCUGAUUCCAGCCACCGACCUACUCAGCUUCAGCUUCAAACUAUGCGCCUACUCGGCAACGCUGUCGGAGAUUUUCGCCCACAUCAACGGCUUCUUCCCCCACGCUCGUGUCUUCACACUCGAAGGCGGCCACUGCAAGAAGUCCAACAUGAUUCGGCACUUUCCAAAAACCCUGUUCCCCGACCCCAACCAGCGACUGGACAAACUACCAAAUAUACGCACCUUCGCCAUGCGAGGUGCUUGGAAUAUCAUGCGGAACUAUCAACAUUGGAAGACAAUCGAAGACGCUCUGCCGAAUGUUGAGGAGUGGCAUUGCGGUUAUGCGAGACCUCGGGUCGAAGCGGACCUCACGAUCAAUGAAAUCCUGACGUACCUCCCGCCUAGACUCCGCCAUGUCAACAUCUCCCUUGAUGGCAUGUACAGCAAAGACACAACCUUAGGCUCAAGCUUUGGUACCGGGUCGAGUAACCUGAAAACACAUCUCUGCGACCACCUAGGCCCUGUCCUGCCGCAACUCGAGUCGCUCUCAUUCACGGGAAAGAUUUGCGAGUGUCUGUGGACCAGUGCUUUGUCUGCACUCUCUUCUCAACCGGCCACCGCAGCGCCUCCAAGGCUCAAAUAUCUCGAAAUAGUGGUCAAGGCAUGUUGUCGUCAACGAACCAUGGGCACCGACCCUACUACGGGAGAACCACUCAUUCAUGAACUGGGUGGUAUCAUCGCCGACGGUGCUGGCAUCACAAAUCUAGUCUUCAUCAAGGCUUUUGAACGCCUUGUCCUCAACACCAUCGAAGCCCUGCCCUUCUUUCCGAAUUUGGAGUAUGUGAGAAUCCGAUAUAUCGACUUGGAUUCCCCUUGCACGUUGCUGAACCCGUACUGGCUUCUGGAAAAGGGCCAGGUGUAUGGCGUUUGGAACGAGGAGAUCGUCGAGAGGCUGAGUGAGUUGAUGCCUGACAUCGAAUACGUGGAGCUGGGUGAGGGGAUAGAGUGUGCACCAACUUACCACAAGCGAUCAAGUUCUUCCAAUCCUCCCUCAACCGGGGUGGGAGGUCCGCCUCCUGAUGGUGGACUCGGACCGGCAACGCCCCCGGGGGUUAUACUACCUAGCAGUCUUUAUCCAAAGUGGAAGCCACGGAGCAUCAAGACGAGCAGCUAUAAAAUCAUUGCCGAUGCGAGGGGGGGUUGA